CCGGCGGCGGCGCGAACGGCAGCGCGGAGCGUGGCUCUGGGCUAGGUGCCUGGCGCGACUUCCCGCGCAAGGCCGGCCGGACAGGGACCCGCAGCCUGGGUGGCGCUAGAAGAUGCAGCCUUGGCCUCAGGUGGCAGUCGCCAAAAGCUUGGUGCUCUGAAGGUCAUCAGGUCAAGCAGCCCGGGUUCAGGAGGGCUUGACACUUUCACAGUAAUGGCAGAGAAGCGGCCCCUGGGGCCUCUGGGGCCUGUGAUGUAUGGCAAGCUGCCCCGCCUGGAACCAGACCCAGGGCCUGGACAUGGCCUGCCCCUUUCUGCUGGCAACCAGGACUCCUGCAAUUACAAGGGUGCAUACUUCUCCUGCCCCAUAGGGGGAACUUCCAAGGCAGGAUCUGAGCGGUUGGCAUCCUGGACCCCAUACCCACCCUUGUACCCCACUGGUGUAGCGGGAUCCCCACUCCGGGCUGACAACCUGUUGACAAACUGCCUGGUCUACCGCCCUCCGACAGAAGGCUCUGAAAAGAUACAAGACUCCAGUGAGCUCCUGCCCUUUGGUCCCCAAGCUCAUGCAUACCCAGGCCCACCACUGGCAGCGCCCAAGCCAGUCUACCGCAGCCCUUUGUGUUAUGGACUCUCCACUUGCCUGGGGGAUGGGGGAGCGAAGAGACCAUUGGAUGUUGAUUGGACGCUGGUGACCGGGCCCCUGUUGCCCUCCGCUGACUCACCCUGUUCUCUAGCCCCAGCGGCUGGCAAGGGCCAGCCCCUGGACGGGACGUUCUUGCGUGGACUACCAACUGGGGGACCUGGCAAAGACUCCUCCCUGACUUUUUCCCCAUGUCAGGCAAUCCUGGAGAAGUAUCGAACCAUCCACAGCACAGGCUUUCUGGCUUCUAAGUACACAGGCCCUUAUUCUGGGGAUCCCAAGCAAGCAGUACCCGAGGGGCCCUCCAGUCCUUGGACCCAGCUUGGCCAGCCGCUCGGACCGCCUUGCCAGGAUGCAGUGCCAGCCCAUUACCCACUGCCUCCACCUCCACAGGCCUUGCCCUGCCCUCCAUCUUGUCGUCACCCAGAGAAGCAGGGAAGCUAUGGCCCUCUGCUCCCACUGCCACCUCUGGGUGCACACAAGGGGCCUGGGUACCAAGCUGGUGGGCUGGGCAGCCCCUACCUGAGGCAGCAGGCAUCCCAGACCCCCUACUUGCCUCCUGUUGGAAUAGACACGUAUUCUUAUUCCUCUGCACCCCUCCCAGCACCCUCACCAGGGCUCAAGCUAGAGCCCCCUCUUGCUCCACGGUGCCCGCUGGACUUUGUCCCCCAAACUCUGGGUUUUCCUUAUGCCAGGGAUGAUCUCUCUCUCUAUGGGGCAUCCCCAGGGCUUGGGGGAACACCACCUUCGCAUUCCCAGAACAGUGUGCAACCUGUGCCACAGCCCAGUGCCUUCCAGAGAACAUGCCAGCCUCUGCCAGCCAGCCAGCCAUGCUCCGAGCCUGUGAGACCUGCAGAGAAACCACCGGAAGCUCAAGAGAAGACAUGGCUACCCAGCUGCAGGAAAGAGCAACUCCAGCCCAGGCCUGAUGAGCGUCCUGGGGUCCCUAUUGUCAUCCGAGACAGCCCAGUUCCCCGCACUUCACCAGCGCUGCAUCCGUGUGCCAAGGAGCGCCAGUCUCUCCCACAGAAAGGUGCCAGGCCUCCCAGCUCUCCACCAAUGCCUGUGAUUGACAAUGUUUUUAGUCUGGCCCCCUACCGUGACUACCUGGACGUGCAGACACCAGAGCCCACAGCUGAGCAGGACUCUUCUCCAACCACCAAUAAGAGCCAAGACAAAGAUUGCAAGGGGCCCCUGCCUGUCCAGGAUGAGACCUCUAGGCCUCCCUGCUCUCUUCGUGAGGAGGUGGCUCUGGACUUGAGUGUGAAAAAGUCUAUGACAGAGGCUGUCCCUGUCAAGGUCCCUAGUCCUGAGGUACAUGGUAAGCCCACUGAAGCUGUGGAUAGGCCAGGUAUGGAAAACCCCGUGUCAGGUCUGCCGGGCCUAAAAAAGAUGGUCACAGAAAUAUCUGAAGUGGCCACAGAAGCCACACCAAGGACCAACUUCCACAGCUCUGUGGCCUUCAUGUUCCGAAAAUUCAAGAUACUCCGUCCUGCACCGUUACCUGCAACUAUUGUCCCAUGCCCCCCUACCCCAGCUCCUGCUCCUGCUCCGCCUGCACCCAACGCCCCAUCUGUACCCGUGGGACUGCAGAUUCUCACUCAGCCUUUGCCGGUGGCGUGCUUCAACCUGGCCCUGCCAAGCCCACCAGCCAUAGCCGUGGCCUCCCCGGCCCCAGCCUCUGCUCCGACUCCAUCACCAGCUCCAGCCCCUGCUCCCGCCACAGGCCCCGCUGCAGUCACUGCUCAAGUUUCCACUGCGACCCCAGCCGACUCCCUAGAACAGCACUUUACAGGGCUGCACACAUCACUCUGUGAUGCCAUCUCGGGCUCCGUGGCCCACUCUCCACCAGAGAAACUCCGUGAGUGGCUUGAGACAACUGGGCCAUGGGGCCAGGCUGCGUGGCAGGACUGCCAGGGUGUGCAGGGGCUGCUGGACAAGCUGCUGUCCCAGCUGCAGAGGUUUUUGUGCACACAACAGUGCCCCUUCCCUCAUGUAGUACGAGCUGGUGCCAUCUUUGUGCCCAUCCAUCUGGUGAAGGAGCGUCUCUUUCCGAAGUUGCCGCCUGCCUCUGUGGACCACGUGCUGCAGGAGCACCGUGUAGAGCUACGGCCUACCACUCUGUCAGAGGAGCGUGCACUUCGUGAACGUGCCCUACAUGGCUGCACCUCACGAAUGCUGAAGCUGCUGGCCCUGCGCCAGCUGCCUGAUAUCUACCCUGACCUGCUGGGCCUGCAGUGGCAUGACUGUGUACGCCGCCAGCUGGGUGGCUUUAACAGCGAGGCCAGAACUUUACCCCCAUCAGAACUCACAGUGACCAGAGAUGAGCCAGAAAGCCAGGCCCUGGCUCAUGAGUCACCAGCCACCAAGGUCAAGAAGCCAGGGAGGAAGCCACCAACACCCGGCCCUGAGAAAGCAGAGACAACCACUGGGGAAGGGUCACGUGAUCCCUUGCCCAGCUCUGGUGCCUGCACUAGCCCACCAGGUCCUACCCUGAGGGCACGCUUCCGCAGCCUUCUGGAAAACGCCUGGCUCAAUGGUGUGGCACUGCCUACUUGGGGCCACAAGGCCUCAGGACCAGACCGACCUUCGCCUCACCCCCAGCUUCUGGGCAGCCAGAGCCAUCACCUUUAGCAUUGGUACCUAGUGUUUUUGGGACAGUCAUCUGGGGACCUGUCUUGACAUCCAGCUGCCCAAAACUAGGAGUGGAUAAUGGGGCUGGGCCCACCUACCUGGGCAGAGACUUCUGAACUUUGAACUUGAGGGUCUGUGGUAGAAGAAAAAACCUGUGGGCAUUGGAGCCAACCCGACCUGGCCUUGAAUCCUGGCUGCUGUGUUCCUUGUUGCGUGUCCUGGGCAAACACUUCACCUCUCAUGAGCCCUUGUUCCCCAUUUGUAGAAUAAGACAACACAGCCUACCUCACCAGGGUUGUUGUGGGGAUGACGUCUGACAUAUACCUAUUGUGAUUUGGUCUGCUUGCCCAGGACAGGCCUUUGAUAGUCAGAGGAGGCUGGUAAGUCUCCAUGUGUCUUGGGACCGGUUACCUUAGAGUGGUACAUUGUAUAGUGUAUAUAGCUCACACACACUUCCCGAGUCCACUGCUGGUGCAGGGACCUGGCCUGGGGCUGGCCCGAAGACCCUAGGUCUGCUCUGAUCCAUACCAGUGACCUACCUGGGCUGCAUCUCAUACCCAAAUAAAGUUGUACCAAGCAGCUAUAGGGACCUGACAGGCUGUCAGCUCAAUGCUAGGAGGUCUCUGAAGAUCUGGACUGGGGACUGGUAUUUCCCAAGGCUCUUAGGGCCUCCUUCCUGUAGUGGGCUGAGCUCAGCUGGUGGCUGGCAAGCUGUGGCUCCUGCCUUAUUUAAGGGUUUUGAUGAGACUGGGCCCUGGGGGCCAGCUAUUAAAGCAUUUGGGUUGUUUUUGA